AUGAAGCACAACCUCCGUCUAACCCUCCGUCACCACCACCGCCGUGGCUUCGCCACCAAAUACAGCGGCAGAGUGGUGGUGGAGACCGAAAACGGCCGUUCAUUUGAAGUUCAAGUGGACGCACCAAACCUCCAGGCCGACGUGAGAGGCUACCUCCUCCCACGCCGCGACCUCAUAUGCAAAAUCACCCAAAUCCUCCAUUCUCAAUCAUCAGAUCCCUUUCUUGAUCUCUCCGACUAUCUCGAAAAUUUAUCCCUAACUUUCAGCCCCUCCGAAGCCUCCGAAAUCCUCAAAUCCCUAAAAUCCCCUACCCUAGCUCUUCGAUUCUUUCAAUUUUGCCCCUCAAAUGUCCCCAAUUUCCGCCACAACUCAUUCACCUACAAUCGCAUCCUCCUCAUCCUCUCCAAGUCCUCCUCUCCCCACAAAUUCGAUACUGUCCGUCGGAUUAUUACAGAAAUGGAGAAAUCUAACUUACGUGGCAGUAUCUCCACCGUUAAUAUACUGAUUGGGAUUUUUGGGGGAGGUGAAGAGGGGGUUGAAGAACUGGAGAGGUGUUUGAGGUUGGUGAAGCAGUGGGACUUGAGGUUGAAUUGUUAUACUUAUAAGUGUCUUCUUCAGGCAUAUUUGAGAUCGAAUGAUUCGAAUAAGGCGUUGGAGGUUUACAGAGAAAUGAGGAUGAAAGGAUAUAAACUGGAUAUUUUCGCGUAUAAUAUGCUUCUUGAUGCUCUUGCAAAAGAUGAAAAGGAUGGGAGAACUGCUGAAGCUGUGGAUCUGUAUGCAAAACUUAAACAACAGGGGUUGACACCAGAUUCAAUAACAUAUGCAGUUCUUGAACGGUUGCAAAGUGGUUCUCAUAGGACAGUUAGAGUUCGGAGGCAGAGUCCAAUUACAGGCUGGGUUGUUAGCCCUUUAAGAUGA